CCGGCGAGCAACCGCAAAGUGCUCAGACAUCACGACCUUAGCUGUCCUUUCUGGGCAAUUAGCCGUCGCAGUACUGCAUUUGUUGAUUUGAGCUUUGUUCCCCACUCUCCCAUCGACUCGUUUUUCCAGGAGUUGUCCACUCUUUUCACAACGUGCUGUUGAAUCUUUCCUUCCAGUGCAAGGUGGCGCGCGAAACCAUCGCAGACUACAUCGUUUGUCGAAGACCGUUAUCUGCAUCGCUUGUCCUUGAUGCACCCCAUCUAGAGCCCCCAAUCAACGCCUUCUCUGGGCGCAUUAUCGCGAACGAGAACAACGCGCGUUGCGACAACCCUCAAAUCUCCCGAUCACCUCGUGCCAACGUACCCCCUUCCUUCCCGCGAUCUGUACGUGGCACCAUCGCACGCGACAAUGGCGGACGAGAUCGUCGAGGAGGCCCCGUGGGCGCAAGAUGGCGAUGAAUAUCAGGUUGAUGGAAACACAGGGGUUAUACAUAAUAGUGACAACGCACAACAAGACAUCAACAACCUUUCCUCUUCCGUGGCCCUGCAAACAUCUGGUGAUUCCGCAUCUCCCAAUGACGGCGCUUCCGAAGAUGUGGGUGAUUACGACCCAGAGUCUGUUGACUUGACACCUGUGCCUCAGCAGGAGCAGGUGCAGAGUCGGCAGAGCAGCCUCAAGCCUCUUCCUCAGCCCGCUGCCCAGCCUCUGCCUGUGCCCAAGAAACGCAAGACUGCCGGAGGCUUCCUAGUGGGAGACUCUGACUCGGAGGAUGACAACCCUACCUCCAACGGUCUAGCCACUCAGUCGGGGCAGGAUACUCAGCCUCUUUCCCAGUCUUCUCCUCCUCAGACAUCUGUACCUGUUCAUGAUGAGGCUCAAGAAGCCGUGUCUAAUGUGCCCUCCGCUUCCCAGGCGAACAAUGCGCCAGCAGUCUCGGGCGGAACGAUUGCUGCACCCCUACAAGAUGUCGUAACUACGCUCGAGGAGCGGAUCAAGCAGGACCCACGGGCAGCUAUGGACUCCUGGCUGGAUCUCAUUGCAGAACUUCGUCGACGAAACGACAUUGACGCGCUCAGAGGAGUGUAUGAACGCUUCUUGGCUGUGUUCCCCCAAUCGGCGGAUAUCUGGACCGCGUAUAUGGAAAUGGAGUUGGGAAUGAACAACUUUGGGAAGGCUGAAGAAUUGUUCAAGAAGACGUUGACUACCAUUCAGAACGUGAAUCUCCUGACCGUCUACCUCAAUUACAUUCGACGACGCAACGACAUAAGCGAUCCCAGUGGCCGAGCCCGUGACAUAAUUACACAGUCCUUCGAAUUUGUCCUGAGCAACGAUGUCAUCGGCGUUGACAAGGAUUCUGGGCCGAUCUGGACGGAAUACAUCCAGUUCAUCAAGACAGGGCCUGGAGUGGUGGGAGAUCAGGACUGGGAGAGCAAGAAGAAGAUGGAUCUGCUGCGCCGGGUCUACCAGCGAGCAAUUGCCAUACCCACUAGGAAUCUCAACACAUUAUGGCGGGAAUACGAACAAUUUGAAAACUCGAUCGAUAGGAAGCUGGGUCGUGCGCUCGUCAGCCAACACUCUCCAAGCUACAUGUCCGCCAAAAGCGCCAACAUGGCUCUCGACAAUAUGACCCGCAGACUUCAGCGUGGCAAUCUCCCACGCCUCCCUCCAGCGCCAGGUUUCGACGGGGACGAAGAGUACAUGGACCAGGUCGAGCUUUGGAAGAAGUGGAUCGCCUGGGAAAAGUCGGAUCCUCUCGAGCUGAAGGCCGACGAGCCCAACACCCUAAACUGCCGUAUACUCUACGUCUAUAGACAGGCCCUCAUGGCUCUCCGUUUCUGGCCCGAGAUGUGGGUCGAGGCAGCUGAGUGGUGCUGGGAGAACGACAUAGGGGGUGUUGAGAGCCGAGAUCGAGGUCUGGAUUUCCUGCUGGAAGGCAUUGAAGCCAAUCCCGAAAACGUGUUGCUUGCCCUCAAACAUGGGGAUCGGGUGGAAGGCACGUAUCCAGUUGGCGAGGGCGACGCAGCCAAAGUGGACCGCGGAAAUGCUGUCAGAGCCCCUUAUCUCAAGGUACUUGAUACUCUCUAUGAGUUGAUCAAAAAGUUCAAGGAGGAAGAGAAGGCGGCUAUUGACAGGAUCAAUCAAAAUGCUCAAUUGGAAUCCCAGGCACCCACCGAAGAGGACGACGAGGACGCCUACUCUGGUGAUGCAGCCGCGAAGGAUGCAGCCAAGCAAGCCCAGAUCAAGGCGAUACAACAAGGUUACUCCGUAAGAACCAACGGGCUGUCCAAGACCAUCUCAUACGUAUGGAUCGCCCUGGCUCGAGCUAUGCGCCGUAUUCAAGGAACGGGAGCUCCCCAAGUUGCCCUUGGUGGACUGCGUAAUGUCUUCUGGGAGGCUCGCCAACGCGGGAAAUUGGCCAGCGACGUUUAUGUGGCGGUUGCUCUCAUGGAAUGGAAAGUCUAUAGGGAUAACGCUGGUGCUAAGAUCUUCGAGCGUGGCGCCAAACUCUUCCCUGAGGACGAAUACUUCAUGGUGGAGUACCUGAAGUUCCUGCACUCCAGAGACGAUUUUACCAAUGCCAGAGUGGUCUUCGAAAACUGCGUCAAGCGUCUGACAGAGAAGCCUAACACGACUCACAAGGCCAAGAUGAUCUUUUCCUACUUCCACAAGUUCGAGUCGGACUAUGGCGACCGCUCCCAGAUUGUUAAACUGGAGCAGCGCAUGGCCGAGCUGUUCCCUGAUGACCCAAAGCUCAAGACAUUCGCGGCCCGUUUCUCGUCCCAAAACUUCGACCCUAUCGCGGCGCGUAUCAUCAUCUCACCCUCCCAGAUGCGCCCAAAGAACAUCCUUCCAUCUAUCGAACAGCGAGCUUCUGUUGUGAACAGCCCUCGGCCGUCGGUUCGACAGGGAAACAGCCCUCGUCCGCAGUUCAUGCCUAUGACGAACUCGCCAAAGAGACCCCACCCGGCAGAUGAUUUCGAGGAUCUGAACCCCCCUCGGAAGAUUCAACGUGGUGAAUCACCAUUGAAGGGCGCAGCUGGACGACGUCUCGAUCAGCAGAGGCGUGUGCAAGCCGCCCCCAUUGCUCGAGACAUCACAUUCUUGUUGGGCUUGCUCCCGCCUUCUUCGUCCUACACGAUGCCUCGAUUCAAGGCAUCCGAGAUGGUCCGCCUCGUCAGCAACACCUAUGUCCCAGAGGCCAAGGACUGGAAAGGGCCAGACAAAGGCGGUCGCGGUGAUUUCAGCCGUCUGCAGGUCGCGACGCACACCCGGCAGGCUUCGUCCGAUCGCUCCCAGUACCCCUACUCGCGCGAUUCACCUAUCACGGGUCGAACCCAGAGUCCUUUCGAUAUGAGCCGCGGUCGUAUUGCUACGGCUGCUAGCACCUACCAGCAAUCAUCUCUGCGGCCUGGAUCCAGCUCCGGUUAUGAGCAGCCUCUCGUUUCGUAUCGUCAGGACCCACCACCUCCGAUGGCCUACCCACAAGCCGUACCUACUCCUGACGCGAAUGGAGCUUGGCCGCCCCCGCAGCCAUCAAUGUAUGGCGGGCCCCCUCCGAGCGACUAUACAAUCCCAUCGCCCUACGGUCAGGCACCUCCACCCCAGCAACCACCUUAUAGCCGAUAUUACUAA